AUGAAUCGUCGUAAUCGUGGCUCUUCUUCUUCUUCUUCUUCUUCUUCUUCUUCUUCUGCCGAUGCUUCUAGGAUUUGGAAAACUCAUGGGAAUCGUCAAACCUCUGAUAAUCCGAUAAACAGCACGAUGACCGGAUCCGACGGCGGAACUAACGUUUCCUUUCGGAGAAGAUCCGAUGUUCCGCGGAAACGUAACAGUGAUAAAGCCGAGUCAGACAAUAACGGCGGAUCAGAUCCUGCUGACGUUUCCUUCAUCGUCGGAACUUGCUCUUCUAUGUGUCCAGGUACUCAUCGAAUCAAAUUUAGACGCAAUUUGACCUGA